AUGGAGGGCAUGGCGAAGCGCCUCCAGGAGGCGACGCUCAUGCAGCGCAAGCGCGACGAGAUCGACGCGCUCAAGGCCAAGCGCAUCGAAAAGGCCAAGGGUCCGGCCUCGUCCUUCAGCGGCAAGCAGAAGAAGCAGCAGAUGCGCGACAAGAAGGCGCGCGUCAAGGCGCGCAAGGAUCAAAUCGACGCGCUCGACGCGCAUUUCGUCGAUGGCAGCGAAGAGGCCUUGGACACGGACAACUUGCAGGGCAUUCGUACGGCUAACCUCAAGCUCACGGUCGCGCUCGGCCGCCAAAGCAAGGAUCUGCUCGAGAAGCAGCUCUCGUCCUUCUUUGUCAAGGAAACGAAGGAGCAAAUUCAGCUGCGCAUCAUGGAAGGCCAGUACCCGCUCGAUAUGGCCAAGCGCAACAAGCCGCUGCUGUGGACCGAGCUCAACCUGGACCCGCUCCUAAACUUCCCGCAGCGCCCCGAGUGGACCUACAAGCAGUCCAAGGAGCGCGUGCAAGACAACGAGAGCAUCAUGUUUGACAACUGGCUCGCCAACAUCCACAACAAGUACGAGCCCGAAGAGCUCAACCACUUUGAGCACAACCUCGAAGUGUGGCGCGAGCUCUGGCGCGUCUUCGAACGGUCGACGCACAUGGUGAUUGUGGCCGACAUUCGCAACCCGCUGCUCCACAUCCCGCCGUCCGUGUACGACUACAUCACCGAGACGCUCCGUCGCCCGCUCAUGAUCGUCCUCAACAAGAUCGACUUGAUCCCGUGGGAGCUCACCGUGUGCUGGCGCGAUUCUCUCCAAAAGCGCUUUCCCAAAGCCCAGCUCCUCUUCUUCUCGUCGCGCUCCAAGUCGAUCCACGACCAAGUCGACCUCGCGGGUCGCCGCAAGGUCCUCAGCGAAAAGCUCAAGGUCGGCGACUCGUCCGCAGUGCAAGGCGCGAUUGGCAUCCUCGUGGGUUGUGGGAUUCCUGCGGACCGCGCCCAGGAGAUCAUCUACUCGGUGCUCGACGAAGACGACGAAGACGAGGAUGUGGACGCUGGUGUUCACGCGACCAACACGCCGGCCCGCCGCGCCCGUCGCAAAGUCAAGGCCGAGAAGGCUAAGAAGGCGCAGACGCCCCCCGAACAUCUCGACGACGUGUGCGACUACUGCGGUCAAGACGAGCCCGUCGCGGUUUGCUCGGACUGCUCGGACCUCUUCCGCGACGUGCGUCUCUGCGCGGGGUGCAACAAGGACGUCCAUCGCCACGUCAAGCACAAGGUCGUGUUUCUGGAUGCGCGGCCCGAGCCGACGGCCGAAGAGAUUGCCGCCAAGCAAGUGACGACGAUCGGUCUCAUUGGCCACCCGAACGUCGGCAAGUCGAGUGUCCUGAACGCGCUCGCGGGCAAGAAGCUCGUGUCCGUCUCGCACACCCCGGGGCACACGAAGCGUCUCCAAACCAUCUUUGUGGCGCCCGAAAUCUGCAUUUGCGAUUGCCCCGGUCUCGUCUUUCCCUUUGUCGGUGUGCCCAAGCACAUGCAGGAGCUCUGCGGCCUCUUCCCGUACGCGCAGAUCCGCGAGCCGUACUCGGCCGUGCGCUACUUGGCCGAGCAUUGCGCCCUCGAGGACAUCCUGCACCUCGUGCCCCGGGUCCAGCACUUUGACGGCGUCGACGAGCCCCUCGACUGGUCGCCGUGGACGCUCUGCGAAGCUUAUGCGGAGAAGAAGGGAUACAAGACCGACCGCCGUGGCCGCCCCGACCACCACCGCGCGGGCGCCGAGCUCAUCCGCGACUGCAUGGACGGUAUUUUGCCGCUUUUCUUCUACCCGCCGCAGUACAAUGGUGCGUACUUUGACGGCGCGGACAACAAGCACUACUGCGGCUACGACGCUGUCGCCAAGCUCAACACAGUGCACGCGGCGCCGACGAAUCACGCCGCCUCGGAUGACGAGAAUGACGACGACGCAUCCGAGAGCGACGACGAGCCGGCGCCGACCAAGACCAGCGGGUUUGCGGCCACGAGCAUGUACCUCUUGGACGAUGAUUCGUCGAGCGACGAUGACGACGAGUAG